CAUUUAUGAAUCCCCAACAGUGUCUGGUCAUUGUUGAGAAAAGUAACAGGGGCUCCGGUUGGGUUAAGAAACCAAGGCGAACGGAUAGCAAAACCAGCCUUGUGAGAUCAGACAAUCGUAGAACGUCUAUCAACACUGACAGGAUAUUGAUGAUGGACUCAGACGAGCCAGAGGAGCAUGAUGGUGAAGAGGGAGAAUAUCAAAGCCUUGAAGAGCAGGACAUGGUCCAGUACAGAGUAUGCUACUCUCAUCCAAAGUACACCAAGGAGUUGGAUUUCUGUAAAAAGGAAGACGUUAAGAAGAAGAGAUGUCCGGCAGGUCGUUCAGGGAACAACCCUGGGAGACAGAAGCGGGUUGUGUCGUGUAAGAGGAAGACCCACCAUCUCAAUAUCUGUCGAAGGAAGCAGCCAGCCACAUGGAAAACUUGUGAUGUGGCCAACAAGGAGAACGAAAUGGCCUGUGUGCAGGACAUGGAAGAGAUAUUCUAUAUGGACCCAUGGGAGUUUCCACUCACUGCCCCCCAUCCUAACAAAACUGAUGAGGCUGGUUCAAAAAACAGUGACUACUUCAUAGAGUUAUCAAAAGACCACAACACAAUGACAGAGGUGCUCUUUGGAAGAAAUCUGAGACUGAGUGUAGCUUUGACCCUGUGGCAAAGAAAUGUUGGAGAACUGCUUACGUAUUUUUUAAGGAUCCAAGACACUGGUGUGUUUGUUGAUUUUCUUCCAGUGAUAACAAAAAGCCUUGAUGGUGAGUCAGAGUCACCCAGCGUUUCCAUUGGCUGUUGUGUUGACCUUUUCCCCCUAGUGAAAAAGGUCCUCACUACUCCAUAUGAAGAGCACCUGGUAGCUGGUUUACGAUUGGUACAGUCAGUAUUAAGACAUUGGUGGCCAGAGCUCUCAGCAAGUGGAGGAACUGACACGCAAUCUAUGGAUGGAAAUAUCCAAGUGUUCAAACAGCAGCUAAAGGAGUUUUGGAACCAGGAGCCUCAUUUGAGUUCAGUUCCAGGAAGUGCAGGUGAAAUAGCAAAGGUUAUAGACUAUUACCUGUUACAAUUGCCCUGAUCGCAAUGGUGGCCCAUGCCAAGCUCCCGUCUAGUCCUGAUGACAUGUCGUUGGAGAGUUGGAAACCACAUAAGAACACAAUAGACUUGUGACACAAUGAUCUGCACUACUUGACUUUUGAUGUGUGCAAAAGCAUUACCAAAUUAAUUUGAGGGCUCCUAAACAGUGCCCAAAGAGUGCCUGCUGUAGAGUGCCAGAGAGCACAGAAUUUUAAUUACAAUUUCAGAUGACCAACUCUUGUCCACAAUUGCUAACAUGACUUAACCUCACUAAAUUUCAAUGGUAUGAAAUUAAUCCAAAGGAUGAAAGUGUGUGCAAUUGAUUGGUUACAGUAGAGAACCAAUUGAAGUUGUGUUGGAUGAAUUAAAAUGGUACUUGAAAUUAUUGUAUUGUAAAUUCAUUUUUAUUUUAUAAAUGAAAAUGCCAGUAAGGUUAUGUGACACCUUUGUGUUCAGCAAGGCAGUGGUGUUUCAGAGUGGAAUGGUUGGCUGUUGGUUGAUGGAGUCGGAGAGAAAGGGUAGCGAGAGGGGGUACACUGAGUGGUGAGAGAGAAGAGGUGAGUCUCAGUGGGAGCAUGUGUUGGUCAGUGCCGACAGCUCCAGAGUGACUGCCAGCCGGGCAGCAGUACAGCACAAUUAGUUAUUUGCAACCGCCACUGCCCCGAAAGCAAAGCUGAAGUUUUCAUGUAUUUUUAGUCAGGCUAUACUGAAAUACUCAAGCCCUAGUUAGAGCCGAUAACUAGGACUGAGAGUAUAACUACGUUUUUAUUUGUCAGGUCACAUGGUUAGGAAAGAUUACUUCCCCUAUUCAUAAGGUACUUGUAUGUGUUGUCUUAGUGCAGAGGUAUUCCAGAAUAAUGAAGAAAUGUGUUUCAAUUGUGAGAGCAAAAUUGCAAGAUUACGUUAUAAUACUUGUAUUGCAUCAAAUGGUUGUUUUAUUCAACAGAAUAGAGUAUUCUUAACUAUUGUAUGUGUGUUCUACUGAGGACGGGCCUCUGGGAGAUAACACUGACAGGAGAUCUCCGAUGUCUUUUGGGUGAUAAAACCUAAAGAGCAUUCCAGAGCAUGAGUUAAUGUUUCUGUUCUAUACCGUACCAGGGAGAGAUGGUUCCAGUUUGGAGUCGGAGGGCCAGACACUGGUCUAUACAAUGAUAACUGUUGGAAAGCCAUUUGGAUAAUGUAUUUAAGGUCAUUUGUAAUACUGAUUUCAAGGUCAUUUGUAAUAUUGAUAAUUAUGAUAUUUGUGAUUUGGAAGAAGGAGAGGGCAUUGCCUUUGACUAAGUCUAUUUUCCUAUGACGAUAUGGGUACAAUCAUUUUUCUUUAUGGAGUUCUUAAGAGUAAAGAUGUUAAUUUCAUUUUGUUAUUUUAAUUUUUGUUUUAUUUUUUUGACCAGUAGUAGUGUUUUUUUUUCUUUCUCUCUCAUGGAGAGUAAUGUGUUAAAAAUGAGGAGGGUACAGUCCUCUGAAGUUUUGGAUUGAAGUUUGCACACCUUGAGUGAUGUAUAUGGAGUGAUAUGUGAAGGAGUGUAUUGUUGUGUUGUUUUUUCUGUUCCCAAUGGGUUGUAGGUCUAACGUCCUGAUCCUGUGGCUCUGCGAUGAAGUUGACAGUGUGAUAGGGAGUAUAAGCCAAUUUGAAAGAAUAGUUUCAAUAGAAUGUGUUGUUAUUCGCUUUGACAUAUGUUUAGACAUUUGUAUUAAGAAUAAUUGGUAAAAGUAAUCAUUUAUCAUAUAGUUAAUGAACGGAACUAAACUGUUGUUCUAAUCUGUCCUCUCGGGGCUAUCAUGAAAAGUGACAUCAGACGGUAUCUUAAUGCAUGGAAGAGAAAAUUGGACCGAACAGUGUAUACCUCAAAACCCCCCUCUAACUGGCUGAAGAAGAGUGACGUUCAAUACGACCCUGUCCGCACCACUUCUACCGAGAGAAUCCGAGUCCGAACCAGCAACCGGUGUACAGCAUCCAAACUAAGCUAUCAACUGCUUUUCUCUCAUGUCUUUUCUCAGGAGUGUGAGAGGAGUCCACGUGGAGUGAGCAUGGGGAGAGAUCUGUUCUAAACUUCUCUUGUGUUGCUGGUAUACUGGUUGACGAAUGGACAAGACAUAAUGGGUAGUAAAGGUGAUGGCGGCUCAGGUGAGACAUUGAAAUUGGGACAUUAUCACGUCCAUCCACUUUGAACUGUAAAGCUAUCUGAAGAAGACAAAAAGGACGCCAGAAGAAUCCGUGCCUGAAGGAGGGGGUUUGUCAACUGCCCAAAAUUGUUUUAGACUUUUGGGGUAUCAGGUUGAUUGUAGAGGUCUACAAUACAUUAAAUUAUAGUAAUUUAGAUUAAGAAUGCAUUGAGAUACUGAUCUGUAUUAUAAUCGUGAUACAAAAAUGUAAUAGUAGAAUUAUGGGAUAAUUAUACUGGAUGUUAAUAUAAAUGUACAUUCUGCCAAUGUGUGUUAAAUUGAGUUUUUUUUAAACUUUGAGUGUUAGGACCAAUUUGAAUCACUGAGCAAUGUCAUUCAAGAUUUUGGUUGGAUAAUGAAUUGGGUUUUUAAUUAUGAUUUGGAAACUGAAUGAUUUUUAAAACCGAAGGAUUGAUUUGAGUUUAGUAUGUUAAUAACUAUAUGAGUGAAGCCAUGAAUGUAUUAGGGAUUGAUUGUGUUGAUUGUAGUUAUGAACUAAAGAUGUUGACACUAUUCUAAGCAAGCCCUGGUGAAUGGAGAGGGUGAACUCUGAUCUGGAGAGUGAAACUGAAGCUAAUCUAUUUGCUCUAUAGGCAUUGCCUUAUAAAUAGUGGAAUCAUGAUGCUUGUCUUGAGCCAUGUUCAUUAGGCACCAAUGGAAUACAUUUUACUUUAGCCAGGAGUCACUACCUGGAUUUGUUCAACAAGAUAUGCUAAUUUUAGUUUCUGGGAUGGAAAUAGUUAUUUCCACCAUGCUGAUCCAUUGGAGUGUGAUAGAUAACUAAAGCUUAUUUUAUUCAACUCCAUUGUUGCAUGCACUGCAUUAUGCAUUAAACAUGUGCUUUUCACUGUCUAUGAAGAUAUAGCUUUGAAUCUUAUAAACUGUAUGCAUUUUUUGUUUUUCUUCAUGGGUUUGUGCAGGUGACUGUAACAUAACCUUCCCAGACAAAUUGCUUGAAUGCUUUGAAAAUGUGUUGGUGGCUGAAAUAGGAGACCGUGCUGAGUUUCUUGGAAGGAGGCUGAGCCAGUGCUACAGCAGCCGGUCAUGUGCAGGAACCCAUGCAAUGAGUUAUUGCUUUUAUGCUUCUUGGUUUAUGUAGAAUAAACUGUAUAUACAUUUUUGACGUGAAUGAAUGUUCUUAAAUCUUGUAAUUUUCUUUUAAGUUGAGAGGACUCUUGAAAUGGGGGAAUGUGAGAGCAAAAUUGCAAGAUUACGUUAUAAUACUUUUAUUGCAUAAAUGGUUGUUUCAUUCAACAGAAUACAGUAUUCCUAACAGUUGUAUGUGUGUUCUACUGAGGAUGGACCUCUGGGAGAUCAAACUGACACGAGAUUUACGAUGUCUUUUGCGUGAUAAAACCUAAAGAGCGUUCAAGGGCAUGGAUGAAUGUUUCUGUUCUAUACCGUACCAGGGAGAGAUAGUUCCAGUUUGGAGUCGCAGGGCCAGACACUGGUCUAUACAAUGAUAACUGUUGACACAGCAGAUACAUUCUGCUAUGUAUUAUAGGUACCUUUCAUACAAAUCUUAACCUUUGGCCCCAAGGUUGAAAGGGGUGUAUCUUGGCUAUAAAAUACCUUUUUUUACUUUUGUCUCGGGGCUCUCAAGGAAUCAUCAGACCAGCCAUCGCUAUUUCAAAGCUCUCCCUAAUAAAGGUUCAGUUUCAGUAUAACUCUUGA